AGAUUGCCUUUUCUAUCACAUACCCGGUUUUACUCCUUUUUUCUGUAUGCUGUCUGCGCACAGAGUGAUUUUCCGUAUUGCUAGUGUCUUGGCGAUACAUACGAUAAAGGGGAUGCAAGCUAAAGUACCAAAACCAGCUAUGACAGCGCCAGAGGCUUCCGUCGCUCUGUUCGGAGGACGGAUGGCCGAUGUUGCUUUUGUAUUUUUUAUCAUCGCUAUUACCCUAUUGGCGGUUGUGGCUUUCGGCGGAAUCAAUAUGAGGACGCUGUGGAUCGAUCGACACGGGAGCUCUAAUGGGCCUUUGGGGGACCGCCCGGCGACCGAGGGUGUGCGUAAGAAGCAGUGGAAGCAUCGGACGGCGAAAGGAAACCCCAGAAGAGAGCGUCACGAGUCGACUGAUAAGAAGGAGAGUAGAGUAGAUCACAUAGAGAAGGACGUGCAGUUCAAUAUCGUCCACGAUGUGCGGCCGUCUAGUGAAGGAGCAGCCAAAACAGAGGCAAUAAAUGAGCUGCUACGAAUCACAGGAGUACACAUUGAGGGAGAUACGGGAAAAGGAAUAUGGACGGCAGUGACCCGACGUUCGGGGCUGCGGUUGUCCGUGGCUAUGGCGGAAGAUGGCACUGCUGAGGCACUAGUAGUGUACCUCCGCGUGUCGAGCUAUGCUCGGAUCGAGUUGGUGACAGCGAUUGAUGACAAAGCACGGAAGGCUCUGGUUAAGAGCAUCGUUCGUUUGCUGAAGACUCACCAGAAAGUGGUACAUGUGGAAGCGAUUGCUCGAACUGCGAAGGAGAAGGGUUUUUGGACCACCGAGAUUGGUUUCCACGCUUCCGAUGCAGCGAUAGAGGCCCAAAAGGCUGAGGAGGUGACUCUCUUGGAAACGUUUGUGCAGACAAUGCCUAAAGCGGAGCGACGAGAGUACAACCGAGCAAGGGAGGUAACCUUGCCGUUGUCAGCAGAGUGGUGGAAGUGGGGACCGGUGGAACCUCGCCGAGCUGUCGUACCCAGCGCUGUGGUUGGCAAGCCUCCGAGGAUGCCUCCGAAGCCGCAGGCCCUACCGGAUGAGUCAGUGGUGGUGGCUCCCACAGGUGUUGAUGAGGACAGUGGUUCUCGAGAGGAAACUACGACAGAAGAGCCGAUUUAUGGCCGUGUUUAUGGCGAUGAUGAUGAUGAUGAUGAAGGCGAAGAUGGUGAUGGAAUUUACUCGGUAGAAGAGGCUUGGAUUCCCAGUCUGCGUCGGGAGGACGAAACUCCAUGCGAGAGUGAAUGGUCAGUACACGAGGCUUCGGAUGCUCGACUGGACGACGAGGAGAUGUCUGGUAUCAGUAAAGAUGCUGAUACGCUAUCGACGUUGCGCUCGCCCGACUAUUCUGUGAAUACCGAAGAGCCAGCAGCUGAGAUUCGUCCGCGGGUGGUGCCGAAGUUGCAAUUGCCUCUGCCGAGGAAUAGGUCUGCAGGGAUAGACUUUCAUGUCUCUCCAAGUGUUGGCUCCAUCGACGACUCGAGUAGUGGAGACGCAAGCGAAGAUAUGGCUGGGGAGUGGAUACCCAACGGGAGAAGUCCUGAGGGCGCGAUGGACCCAGCAAGGAGGUCCGCCCACGCAGUGUGGCCAAAUGAGGUUGCCAAUGUGAUCGAUAACACACAGUCGGCUCGUAUGGGUGGUGCUUUGGAGGCGGAGAGUGAUGCCUCGGUGGAACGAGAGGCUGCCUUGGAUUGGCGACCAUCUCUAUUCGCUGAGCGGUCUUUUAACGCUGCUGCUGCUGGGUCGGCUCGUGUGCACGAGCGUAAGGAGAUAGAGGUGGAUGUGGGAGGAAAGGCGGAAGUCAGGGAGAGUAGCGACUCUACGGGUACCGAGCCGAGUAGGGAAGAAAGGAUGGAGCAAAAGCUCAGAAUGUCGACAAGCUUCGACUGGGCUGAGGAAACGAGUGAAGAUGAAGAUUUGGGACUUGCUAGCCCUUCGGUUGCGCAGUCCCAUCUGGAGGCCGAAAGCGAACUUCAGACGAAAGUGCCCAUUCCGAUGCUCCCUGUCGUCGAUGCUCUCUUGUAUGGACGGCUGCUAUUCUGGAUGUUUGGAGUUGGUACCCUCCUUAGCGGGUACUUGAAGACCUGGCCGGGCUGA